AUGGGGUGGAUAGGUAGGGCCCGUGAUUUCCCCACUGCGCCCCCGUAUGGUGUGGGGGCCGCCGGGUCUGAUGAAGCGAAGCGGCGGACAGAAGUGGCGAAGGUGAAACUCGCAGACCGAACCCGGCGGCGGUUUGCAAGGAGGCGCGCGGUGCCUUCGCGCGUUGCAGUGCCCCUUGGGCGGCCUGUCGAAGUUCAGCGGCCCAAGCGGGCCACGCGCCGCCAAAAUAAAAGAAACCAAAGGGGAGGGCGGCGCGCUCCCGCGCCGUGGGCUUUCCGUUUUAUUUCCGGGGCGGGCGCCGGACCGCCCAGCAGCAUGCAUGCCCGUGCCCCGCUUCCUGCUGGCGCUUUUC